AAUAAGAAAAAAACCAAUAAAGUAUUAAAGCACGAGCUUAAAGCAAAAGCCACAAGCCGGAGAGCAUGUUAAAUAGUUUGCACAAUUUUGUUAGAACGACGAACAUCAUCAAUGUGAGUGCUGCGUGGCUUGUGCUGUGCUGCUAGCUCCUGGGGGCAAUGAAAUCGAGGAAGCUGCCAAAGGUUUGUGGCCUCAACUGUUUGACGCUCGUCUACUUCCCGGUGCUGGUCUUGCCCAUAUUAAAAUGCACAGUUGUUGCCACUGCCAAUGCCAGCAGCAGCAGCGGCGGCAACAGCGACUUCGACUAUCGCAUGCAACGGGUGCGAAAUGUGCUGAAGGAGGUGCCACUGAUCGAUGGCCACAACGAUUUGCCCUGGAACAUACGCAAAUUCCUCAAGAAUCAACUGAAAGACUUUCACUUUGGCGGCGAUCUACGCGAACUUGCCCCCUGGUCAUCGAGCGCCUGGAGUCACACGGAUCUGCGGCGUCUCAAAGAGGGCAUGGUCUCAGCCCAGUUUUGGUCCGCCUACGCGCCCUGCUCGUCACAGCAUCUGGACGCAGUGCAGCUGACAUUGGAGCAAAUCGAUUUGAUACGACGUCUAGUGCAGCUCUAUCCCCAUCACAUGGCUCUGGUCACCACCGCUGCGGGCAUCGAGCAAACCCAUCGCACUGGGAAGAUAGCCAGCCUCAUUGGAGUCGAGGGCGGCCAUGCGAUUGGCACCAGUCUGAGUGUUCUUCGAAUGUUCUAUCAACUGGGCGCACGCUAUCUGACACUAACACACACCUGCAAUACACCUUGGGCGGACUGCUGCAAAGUUGACGAACCGGGAAAAUAUCCACACAUCGGUGGACUCUCACAGUUCGGCAAGCUGGUGGUCAAGGAAAUGAAUCGCCUGGGCAUGAUUGUUGAUCUGUCGCAUGUGUCGGUGCCAACAAUGCUCGAUGCCCUCGCUGCAUCGCGUGCCCCGCUCAUAUUUUCGCAUUCCUCGGCUCAUGCCAUAUGUAAUAGUUCCCGCAAUGUGCCGGAUCAUGUGCUGCAGCGCAUUGCCAUUAACGGCGGUCUCGUUAUGGUUGCGUUUUAUCCGCACUUUGUCAGCUGCUCGGGACAGGCGACACUGCACGAUGUUGUGGCGCACAUAAACCAUAUACGAGAGGUGGCUGGCAUUGACCAUGUGGGCAUUGGUGCUGGCUACGAUGGUGUCAAUCUUGUGCCGAAAGGCCUGGAGGAUGUUUCCAAAUAUCCGCAUCUUUUUGCCACUUUACUCGAGUCGGAUAAAUGGUCAGAAGGGGAUAUUGCCAAGCUGGCUGGCAACAAUCUUAUACGCGUCUUCAAGGAAGUCGAAGCAGUGCGUGAUCAAAUGGAAUUAUUGCGAGUUCCGCCAAUUGAUCAGUCAAUUCCAGCCGAGGACAUUAUGGGCAGAUCCUACUGUCGCUAUCAAGGACCAAGAACGUGAUAAUUUCUUCAUAUGUAAAAACUGAAACCAACACACACUCAAUACAUACAUUCAUACUAGUCAAACACACACACGCACACACACUCCGGGAAAAGAGACAAGAAAUUAUGUCAAGCGUACGUGUUGUAAAGUGAAACUUGUUUUAGGUUAAUUGACAAAGUUGUUUCGUCCUAACAUGUGAACAUUUGUUUUCAUAGUCUGUUCGUGUACAAGCCAAGGUAUGUGUGUCGUCGUAUAUAUGUAUCUGU